ACGACAUAUACUUCUUUAAAAUAGCAUCAAAUAAAAGUUGCCUUUUAUGAUUUCCUUAACAUGCUGACCACUUGGAUAAUUCUUCUUGCAAUACAAAUGUUUGGUUUGCCAAGUGAGUCCAAGAUACUCGGGGCAUAUAUACUACCACAUGGUGGCAUCGCCCUGGACCCUAAAUUCUUCAACAGCACGAACACAACAUCAAUUGAACAAGCAUGGAAGUUACAUAAUGCAUCAGUAGAAGUCGGGAUGGAGAUCUCAAGGCUUAAUCCAGAUUUAAUUUUCAUUAGCACACCGCAUGGAGUCUCGGAUCUGAAUAACUUUGUGUUUUAUUUAAACACCAAUGCUGAGGGUAGAGCGGACACUGACAACUGUGACUGCCCACCAUGUUGUUAUAAUGUAUCCGUCAAAAUUAAUACCAAUUUGUCUAUGGGGCUUGCGGAGUCACUGGGAAGGCACAUGCGAGUAUCGGGUCUCACUGCAAACGGGUCUCCGGGCACUGCAACGUCUCCGUUCCCUCUGAGGUGGGGAGAGGUGAUACCUUUGCAUUUCAUGGGUGAUCUCAAAAAUGCUGAGGUGGUGAUAUUCUCUAUGCCCAGUAGACGCUACAGCCAAUCUGUGGAGAUGAUUCCCGAACUAUUGGCAUUAGGUGGAGAACUGUUUAAAGAAUUGGAGGGUCUUCCUGAAAGAGUAGUAGUUGUAAUAAGUGGAGAUCUGGCACACACUCAUGAUAGAGAUGGACCAUAUGGAUACUCUGAUGCAGCGGAACCAUUUGAUCAAGCUUGUGGGAGGUGGAUCACAGCCAAAAACAGGAAAGAGAUUACAAAAGUAGCUGCUUCGUAUGUGACGAAGGCCCUGUCAUGUGGAUACACUGGAUUUGUCAUGUUACAGGGCAUGAUAGAUGGCGUUGGUGUUAAUUCUUGGGAUUUCCAUCUCCAUGCAAACUAUCACCCUAGUUACUAUGGAAUGAUGGUGGCAUCUAUAAAUAGAACUAACUUUAAAUUACCACCUACCAAUGGCAAUCAAACUCUACACAAAUCUUUCAUUUCACAAAUAUUUGGAGCUAUUAUGGAUAUCAUGAAGCAGUUUACAUAAAAUAACAAAUGAUUUUGAAUACCUUGAAUACCAUCCUAAACCUAGUAUGAAGACAUCUUUAUUUGAAUUUCACUCCUUAGAGAUCACAAAGAAAGUUCAUUGUGUGCCUUGGUACUUUUGUAAUCUGGUAUAUGAUAAUGAACAUAAUUUGUUAUUUGAAUGCUCUACAUAUAAAAUUAUAUUUCUUUCUGCAUGUAUAACAGUCAAAAAUCAUACAAUUUACUGUACAUGAUACUAGACAAUAAUGGAAAGACAAUUACAUGCACAUGUACA